ACCUCCGAGGUCGAGGCUUGCCCAGUUGGCUCAUUUCAUCCAUCUUGAUUGGGUACAUCGGAUUUCUUGUCUUGGACAGCUCACCUUGUUUGCUUCACCAACAUGAUUACCAUGCGUGGAAUAUCUUACUAUCACGGCCCUGCCCAAUCGCGCACAGUAAGCGGCUUGCAGCAGGCAGGCGUCAUGCUGUGUGCCGUUCACAUGAGCAUCAACAUUCUUAGUAUGUGACUUGAAGAGGUUGUGUGAGUAUCCGUCACCAACCAAGCUGCCGAGCCCAGCGCUCCUGCAAUGGUGGGGAUGAGUAGUACCUAUAAACCCCCAUCAUGACGUGACCAGUUACUGUUCUGCCAUGAUAGUAAUCCUCCGUUAGGCAUCUCCGUUCUUCCAAUUUGUGCUACGAGUCUGAUUACUCUGGUAACUGAUACUACUACUGAUAAUUUGGUACACUCCAGUUAAAGAGACUAUCAAUAAGCGUGAUUUCGCCCAUGGAUUCUACCAAGGCUUCGGAAACCCUGCGUGUGUUAGUUAUCGGGGGAGGGUCCGCCGGGCUCUUGAUGGGCCAUGUUUUCAAAAGGGCCGGUAUCGAAGCGGCCGUCUUCGAACAGGACCAAUCUCCCACAGCACGUCAAAGGGACUGGAACUUCGGCAUCUACUGGGCACAGUCGCGAAUCGAAGAGUGUCUUGCUUCUGAGUUGUAUGCUCAGAUCAAUCAGACUCAAACUGAUCGAGCGUACCGCCACUUUGAGGGUUCCGUCUUGCCGGUAUAUAACGGGCAGACAGGAGAGUUGCUCAAGGACCUUCCCGCACCCCAUGCCAUUCGCCUACGAAGAAGAAGCUGGCUGGAUCUCAUCCGGACGGGUGUCGACAUUCGUUAUGGAAAACGACUCGUGUCCAUUGCAACGACUGAACAGGGCGUAACCGCAACCUUUGAAGAUGGCACUACCGAAGAGGGCAGCUUGCUCAUCGGUUGCGAGGGGGCACACAGCGUUGCGAGAAACUUUCUGUUCCAGAUGACCCCCAAUGAGGCCGAGUUGCUAGAGCUCCCUAUUUCCGCAUUUGUCACAAUUACCAAUUUCAGUCGCGACCUGGCCCUCGCCCUAAGAAAGGUGCAUCCGACCUAUGUCAUCACCGUCGACCCCACCGGCUUGUUUUUCUUUUGCAGCGCCCACAACUGUGAUUCAGAAGACUCGGCGGAAUGGACCUUCAUGUUUGUGAUCACCUGGAAGACCAAAGACGGCGAAAACCGCACCGCCCUGAGCCAAGAUAACAACCUUCUCCUGGACACAAUGCUUUCUCAUUCCCAACACUUGGCGUAUCCAUUCAAGGACGCGCUACACGCCAUCCCGCGCAACACCAAGUGCUGGCACACCCGAAUGUCCUACUGGCCCACCAAGCCCUGGGAUAACAGGGGCGGCCGGGUCACGUUAGCAGGAGAUGCAGCGCAUCCCAUGACCUUUCACCGCGGUCAGGGCCUAGGAAAUGCCAUCACCGACGUUGCUGAGCUGCAAAUUCACUUGCGUGCCAUGAAAGCGCACACAAGGGAGGAGCUGGCAAAAGCGAUAGGGAAGUAUGAACAAGAGGUCUGGACUCGAGGUCUUGCAGCGGUGAUGGAAAACGCGGAGAAUACGGUAGCAGUACAUGACUGGGAAAAGGUCACACAGAGUCCGCUCGUUGUCAAGGGGUUGAAGAAGGUGGCCGACAAGCCCAACGGGGAUGAAGCUUAGGGGGUCUCGCUUGGAAAUGCGUCUUGCCACCACCUGACAAAACUACCUGUGGAUGGCACAAAAGUAGGUAGUUCUAUUGUUACCGAGCACCAGCGUCGCAGAGUAUAGUAUAUCCCGGAUCCCCUUUCCCCUGUUCUGAA